AUGGAAGCAUCAGACAUAUCUAGUAGGCUUAAGAUGGACUCCUCCGCGAAAGUGAAACAGAGGGUGACCAAACGAGAAAUGGCGGCGAUCAAUGGUAAAAGGACGAAAGAUCAGGGGAUGGAUUUGGGGCAUGGUGCAGCAAAUGCCAGCGGACAGACAGAGAUGUUACUUGCACUGACAACGAAAAUGGAAAAGCUUGAACCUUCAUCUACUGGAUUCCUCGAUUGGGGACAGGCCGUGGAAGCCGAGUUGGAGAAGGAAAAGGAGGAGAAGGAGUACUUUCCAUAUAACCCAGAGAUGACGGACCUUACGUUAAUUGUCGAGGAAAAGAAGUUAUACGUGGCUAAAAUUGUUCUAAUGGAAGCGUCCCCUGUCUUUAGAAAAAUGCUUACUGAUGAGUUUAAAGAGAAAAACGCAUCAGAAAUACCACUUCCGGGAAAAGAAUACUCUAGUUUUGUUUUGUUUCUAAGAUGCAUCUUUCCAAGAGAAUAUGUGACACUUACUGAGAGCAAUAUUGAAGAGCUUUUACCUCUGGCACACGAGUACGAUGUGAAGUGCAUUUUAAGGGAAUGUGAAACAUGGCUCUUGACAGAGCUCGAGUUUAAGAAAGCAAAAGUACCUUUCCAUCACUUAAAUGUUGAGAGUGACGUCAAAUACCUUGUGAAGUGUCUGUACUAUGGUAGCGAGUACAACUUGAAGGAACUAUACGGUGAAUGUUUUCAGACAUUAAUUCCAUAUAAACUUACACGAUAUAUGCAAAAUGAGUAUUACAGCAUGUUGCCAGAGAAAAAUAAGAGGAAACUUCUAGAAUCACGACUCUCUAUGAUAGAACAAAAUGGAAACAAAUCUAGAAGAAUUGUUGAAAGAGUGCAAAAUCGACGGCAAGGAUUUAUAGAAUCGGUCGAAGAAGAAGUUAUCCAGUAUUCAAAUUCUUUAUUUAAGUAA